UGUAUACACCACGCACGGGAUGGUUGUACAGGUUUAUUUUAAUUUCCCUCUACGGUGUGUAAUAAUAAUAUAUUGUGUUAUAUUAUCACGACUAGAGGCGACAAGAGCACCGGUGGAACUCGGUCCCUUGAAUAAUAUAAUUACUGUCGACGUUAAUAUUCGGUGAAUUCAAAUGAUGAAAAUAUUAAUUUAAACAAGAUAAUAUUACACAUUGUAUUUUGUUAAUGUACACACAUGUCACAUGUUUUUUCGCCUAUGCUCUUCGGGUGAUUUCAACGUAGAUUGAGGAGUCAAAAAUAAGUACGAUGGUGUCGACAAGCGAUAGUCAAGACUACGAGUACGAUAGAAAUUUUGGCUACGAAAAUUACUAUUACAACGAGCAAAGAGUAAACGGAUCUUACAAAAAAUAUCAGUACAAGAAAAAUAGAUAUCAAGACGAGCAUAAUCCUCUAGGGUCAAACGCAGAGGGAUCUGGACGAAGAUAUCGCAAUUGGCAUCCAAAAUGGACACAGCAACAUUACCAAAAAAAUUACACGUUGCAAUCGAAUGGAAACCCACCGCAGUAUAGACGUCGUCAUGACCACUAUCGCAAACUUUAUUACAGAAAUAACAGCCAAAACAGCACCGAUCACGCAAAACAUUCAUCUGAAUAUUCGUACAAAAAGGGUGAAGAGCGAUCAGAAAAAAUACCAUUCCAUUCGGAAGAAACGGCUGGCGUAGUUAAUAAACUCGAACAAAUGGCCAAUACUUGUGAACGGCAAAAAAAAACGCCUAUCUCGCUGUUGAACGAAUUAGCCAUGCGUGUCGGCGAUAGAAUUGAUGAAAACAAAAAGGCCGUUACCUACGAACUUGUCGCUGUUACAGGACAUGCACAUAAGCCAAUAUUUACAUACUUGUGCACUGCAUGUAACAAAACAGCGACAGGUGAUGGGCGGUCGAAGAAAGAAGCAAAACAAAGUGCAGCGUCUAGUUUGUUAGAAAAACUGCUUGCCGGUGGAUCUUCUACCGAUAGCGAUAGAAUUAUCACAUCCACUACGUUAACAGAUAGUGUUGCUUUGAAAAAGCAUUGCUCGGAAAGCUCGUCGACUGCCGAACCGGAGCAACAAUUUGCAGAAACAGAAAAUAAAACAGACCUAACUGAUGUGAACAUGAAACUUUCAAACUAUGAGUCGGUACAAAUCGCACACUGUAACAUGAACCCCAUAGGGACUUUACAAGAGUUGUGUACGACUCAGAGAUGGGCAGCCCCUUUUUAUAAUUUUGAAAAAAUAUGUUCUGGCGAAAAAAAAAAGUCUCAAGGUCGAAAUAGAGGCAUUACAUAUAAGGUGACUUGUCGAAUUUUCCAUUUGGAAUCAACAGGUACUGCUCAUACAAAAAGAACGGCUAAAAGAGAUGCUGCUCGCCUUAUGUUCCAGCAGAUACACGAUAUUGGUGUAGACAAGUUAAAUGAACAAAAAUUAGUUCAAUCAAAAACUAAAACAUCCAACCAGGUACACGCAGAGGAAGAAGUACUAGAAAAACAACAAGACGAUGAAGUCGUACAAGAAUGGACUACAGCGCAUAGUUUUCGUUUUUAUUUUACCGCUGCAGCAACUGCUGCAGCUGCAUCGAUGAAUGUUCCUCUGGAUUUAUCUCCGUCACACGCAUUAUUCGAUAAUAAUAAUACCCUAAAAUUACAAGAGGAUCAACAAAAACUCAAACAAGAACAAUUUCAUAUGGUAAUCGAACAGUCGAUCGUACAACAACCCACAAAUAUGAAUGCCGCCGAUCAGCUACAAACAUUGUGUCAGCAAUUGGGUUUUCGAGCCGUUUACGUUCGUGUAAAUGAUUUAAUAUCGAAUAAUACCAAUCAAAAAGAAAUCGAAAAUCAAACUGAAGAGUAUGCAGUUCUAGUUCAAGUAAGCACAGUACCUGUAACCGUUACUGUAGGACGUGCUGCUACGGCCGACGAUGCAGUUCAGGUUGCGGCCGAACGCGUAUUAUAUGCAUUUAGAGCCAUGUUACUUAUCACUUCAUGCCCGGUCGAUAAUUUAAACAAUAAUAAUGAACAGAGGCAUAACAUGUCAACGAACAAUUUUUGCUACGUGAAAAUUUAACUAAAAUUCUAAGUAUAGGAAAUUUAUUUAAAAUACUUACAUUUUAGUUAUUUGUUAAUUUAUUUAUUACUGAUAUUUUGUUAAGGUUAAUUUUAGUACAAUUUUAUAAUAUUAUUAUUAUUGGUGUGUCCGCAAUAUUUUUGAUACAAAUGUUGUUUUUGUUAAGUUAUAAUCAAUAUUUUACAAUUGAGCCUUUUUGUUCAAUGUUUUUUUUUUCUUUUAUUAUUCAUAAUUUUACCGUCAUUGUUAU